GCGCAAAUCGCAGGGUUUACAAAUUCUUUCUUUUUCACUCACACACAGCACAAACCAUGAGCUCGUUCAUGAAGCAACUCGUGUCCAAGCAGAAGCGACGCUUCAAGCAGGACGGCUUUGACCUCGAUCUGACGUAUAUCACCGACAAGAUCGUCGCUAUGGGCUUCCCGUCCGAGAAGCUCGAGGGUGUUUACCGAAAUGGCAUGGAGGACGUUGUUCGAUUCUUUGAUCAAAAGCACCAGGAUCACUACAAGGUCUACAAUCUGUGCUCGGAGCGCGAGUACGACCCGGCAAAGUUCCACAAUCGCGUGGCGACCUACCCGUUCGACGAUCACAACGCCCCUCCGUUUGAGCUGAUCAAGCCGUUCUGCGACGAUGUGCACGAGUGGCUCACGGAAGAUGCGCGAAACGUCGCCGUCAUCCACUGCAAGGCUGGCAAGGGUCGAACGGGCGUCAUGAUUUGCGCUUAUCUCGUUCACUGCAACCAUUGGGAGAAGGCUGAAGAUGCGCUUGCCUUCUAUGGUGCUGCCCGCACCCAAAACGCCAAGGGUGUCACGAUUCCCAGCCAGCAACGAUACGUCAAGAUGUAUGCCUCUCUUAUUCAGAACAAAUUGACCUACGCACCGACCACCCUCAUGUUCAAGGGCGUCAAAAUGAUGACUGUGCCGAACUUUAACGGUGGCACCUGCAGUCCCAUGUUCACACUUUCGGUUCAACGUCAAAAGAUCUACUCGUCAAAACCGGUCGAAAACGUCAAGAAGGAUCAGGCAGUAGUUGAGCUCAAGGCCGAUCGACCAAUUUUGUUGUGUGGAGAUGUCAAGAUAGAGUUUUAUCACAAGACUGCUUUCAAGAAGGAAAAGAUGUGCCAUUUCUGGUUCAACACCUUCUUUGUUCAGAAUCACACGCUCUUGCUCCGAAAGGUCGACAUUGACAAGGCCAACAAGGACAAGAAGCACAAGAUCUUCCGUGAGGACUUUGCCAUCGAAUUGCAGUUCUCGCCGCCGACUUCUGGCACCACGUCUUCCGACAAUGGUGCUUUGCAAGGAGCUGCCGCCAGCGUGCCAGACCCCAUUCCCCGAAAGUCGACGCUUGACAAGUUCAAGGACAUUGCCCCUGCUGGUGCUGCCACCGCCGAGGCCGAAUCGUCCGACGACGAGGAUUUGAGUGACGACGAGGAAGACAACGAGUGGGAGGACAAGGACAAGAAGUAAACUUUUCAUUUCUGUCUGCUUCAACUCCGCCCCCCUUUUUGUUUGUUUGUUGUUUUUUUCGUGGGUGGAUGGGGCAUGGUAUUUUUUUUUCUUUCCACAGCAUCCUACAAGUGAAGCAUCACUUUGGACCGUUAGUGCCCUUUCUUAUAUGUCCGAUUGUUUGACUCGAUUGAUCUCUUGGUUUUUCUAUUCUUUGUACUGCUGUUUCGACAGCUUUCUGCCUUCCUUGUCUUUUUCUUCCUCUUCUCUUCUUUUCUCUGGCCCGUCUGCGCUUUUUGGCGAAUUUCUAGUUUGGUUUCAUGUUGUCUUCUGUUGUGUAGGUUUCUUUUUUGCUGUUGUUGUUUUUGUUGUUUUCUUUGCUUGGUCACGUCUGCCCGUGGCCAAGCUACUCUAUGAAUUUUUUCUUCUUUAUCGUGUGUAUGUGUUUUUGUAUGCAAUCAAUGUCUUCCUGCUCUG